AGGCUUGAGAGUGCAGCUCUCUGCAGACCGUGUCCUGCAUUCCCAUCAGUCACACUGGACUCCUGGCGUUGACUCCUCGAGCAGCCUUGUGUUUUAAGUUUUGAGGAGGAAAAGAAGUGUUACUAAUACUAAUCAGAGUAUCCAUGGAGCUGGAGGAAGGCGCCCACAACCCCGGGUACCGGGAUGCGGACGGCUCCUCGCCGGGGCCCCCCGAGCCGGCCCCGGCCCCGGGGGAGACGCGGGGCCCCGCCGCCGCGGACGCGUACACGCAGCUGAAGCCGUACGCCGGGAUGCCCAGGGAGGUGCUGCUGCUGCACUCGUCCCGGCUCUGCUACCGGGUCCCCCGGGAGCUGCUGUUCUGGCUGACGGUGAUCUGCAGCCUGGCGCUGCUGGCCGUGACCGCGGCCGUGAUAGCGCUGUCGCCGCGCUGCCUCAGCUGGUGGCAGAGCUCACCUGUGUACCAGGUGUACCCGCGCUCCUUCAGGGACUCGGACGGGGACGGGGUCGGGGACCUCAAAGGAAUUAUGCAGCAGCUGGAUCACUUCCUCUACCUCAACGUCAAGUCUGUGUGGAUCGGGCCUUUCUACCGCUCUCCCAUGAAGGACUUCGGCUAUGAUGUGGAGGAUUUCCGGGACAUAGACCCAGUCUUUGGGACCAUGCAGGACUUUGAAGAUCUCUUGGCUGAAAUGCACAAGAAGGGUUUGAAGCUGAUCAUGGACUUCAUUCCCAAUCAUUCCAGUGACCGUCACCUCUGGUUCAACAUGAGUCGGAUCAGAAAUCCUAACUACGACAAGUACUACGUCUGGGCUGACUGCAAUGCGACUACGAAGCCUAAUAACUGGGUGAGUGUGUUUGGAAACUCAUCGUGGAGCUACGAUGAAGCCAGGGGGCAAUGCUACCUGCACCAGUUCCUCAAAGAGCAACCAGACCUGAAUCUACGGAACCCACAUGUCAUCCAAGAGAUCAUUGAUCUUAUUAAUUUCUGGCUGUCGAAGGGGGUGGAUGGGUUCCGGAUGGAUGCAGUGAAGUACAUGCUGGAAGCAACACACCUGAGGGAUGAACCUCAGGUGGAUCCCAACAAACCACCAGAGGAAAUAGCUACAGAGUGGGACCUCUUCCAUGACUAUACCACGACUCAGGUGGGCUUGCACGACAUUCUGAGGGAGUUUAGAGCCGAGAUGGACAUUUACAGCCGCGAGCCCGGACAAUACAGGUUUAUGGUAACCGAAUCAUAUGAUUCUGAGGAAGUGGACAAGACCAUGUUGUACUACGGUACUCCCCAGGUUAAAGAAGGUGACUUUCCCUUUAACUUUUACCUUCUGGACUUGCCUCGUAACAUGAGCGGCUACUGGACUAAACAUCUGGUUGAACUCUGGAUGUCCAACAUGCCCAGAGGAGAGUGGCCCAACUGGGUGGUUGGGAACCAUGAUAGACCUAGAAUUUCUUCAAGCGCUGGUCCCAUGUUUACUCGUGUCAUCAACAUGCUGCUGCUGACCCUCCCUGGCACACCGACAACCUAUUACGGUGAAGAGAUCGGCAUGGAGAAUGUUAACGUAACAGAGAGUCAGAUGCAGGACCCUGCUGGCAAAUACAAUUCGAGUAACAGUCGGGACCCAGUGCGGUCCCCAAUGCAGUGGAAUAGUGGCAUUAAUGCAGGUUUCAACAAUAAAACCAACAUCACCUGGUUACCUGUUCACCCUGAUUAUGAAACCGUCAAUGUGGAGGUCCAGAUGAACGAUGAAGGUUCUGUAAUGUCCCAGUACCGGGCCCUGAACAUCCUGCGCCAGUCGGAGCUCCCCUUUCAGCGUGGGUGGUUCUGCUACGUCCACACUGAUGCCAGUGUUUUCUCUUUCCUCAGAGAGCUUGAUGGGUACAGAACCGCGUACCUCAUGGUGCUAAACUUUGCUAAAGAAUCUGCAAUCACAGAUCUGUCCUCCGUUCACGAGUUACCCGACCAGUUGUGGGUGCAGAUAAGCACAAACCCAGCCAAUGAUGGAAAGGUCUUUCAGAAGUCUCGCAUAGAGACGGGUGCCGGCGAGGGUUUGGUGAUUCAGUACACGACCCAUAGUCGCUUUCAUCCCAACCAUCCUUCAGAGUGCUACGUCUCUGAGAAGGCCUGCUAUUUGGAGACCAUUGAUAUACUAUAUACAUGCUAACAAAACUGCAGUGAGUCAUUACAAAUUCAAAAACAA